CUGUAGUCCCUUUCACGACUUCCUAACCCCUCCGACUUCUGUGAAGAAAGCACUGAUUUUGCUUUUCGGAGAAGGAGAUCGCACACUCUUCAAUCAAUGGCUGAUCCUGAACUUGAAGCAAUUAGAAAAAGAAGGAUGCAAGAGCUAAUGGCUCAACAUGGAAUGGGGAGUCAACAAAACUCUGAACAACAAAACGCUCAGGAAGAGGCUAAGAGGGAGGCAGAAGAACAGAGGCAGAUGAUGCUCAGUCAGGUUUUGUCUUCUGAAGCACGGGAAAGACUUGCUCGAAUUGCUUUGGUUAAACCUGAGAAAGCAAGGGGUGUUGAGGAUGUCAUACUCAGGGCUGCUCAGAUGGGUCAGAUAGCUGAAAAGGUUUCUGAAGAAAAGCUUAUAUCACUGCUAGAGCAGAUAAACACCCAAACAACCAAACAAACCAAAGUCACAAUCCAGCGGCGUCGAAGUGUUCUUGAGGACGAUGAUUAGAUCAGAUUUCAGAUAUGAAACUUGUCCUUUAUGGUAUCUAUUAUACUUCUCUUCUUUACUGGUUGUAUGUCAUGGGUAUUACUCUGUCAGCUGUAUGACUUGUGAUCUUCUCCACUGUAUUCCCUUGACACCUUUUGCUUAUGUGCUAUGUUAUUGUUCCCCUAUUCUACAGUCAAAUUAUUUGAGUAAUAAAUCAGAAUAUGAGGGUGACCACUUGAAGUAAUCGUGUAACAAUA